AUGGUUCUCACCAAAUUAUUAAACUUGAGUCAAGAAAUACGUCCCUACAGCCAGGUUUCACAUUCAAAAAUGUGGACAGAAGUGCUAAAAAGAUAUUAUAAUCAUUCAUAUCCAGUAUUGCGUCGCUGUCCCAGCACUCGUUGCCACUACAGCAUUAAGAAUCCAAUUGAGAGAUCCAAAUCCCCAUUAUUCAAUUCUCAGCGUCGUUUAUUAAGUACCGCUUCACAACUACAACAGCCCGCCAAAACGGGUCAAGCUAAAAGUGUUUUAAGUAUAGGUGGAACCGCGACAAAGUCACCGAGAGCAAGAACAAUUCAGUCAGCUGCCACAGCCUCUGCUACGUCAGCUGCCUUGGGAUCUCCACAUCAUGAUCUGAAAUCAUAUAUCAGAUACACAAACUGUAACAACGUGAAUCAAAAAUCAACAGUAUUCAGAGGCACUUUGUACGAGUAUUCUGUACAACAUAUACUCAUGAGUCACUUGAAAUUCAAAGGAGUAGUGAGAUCAGGACGUGCUGGCGAUAAAGGAGUCGAUCUCCUUGGGAAUUGGAAAAAGUUGCUUGCUCUUGUUCAGUGCAAAUCUUCCACUGUAAAGACUGGAGCUCGGCUGUUUAGGGAAAUGGCUGGCGUGUAUAAUAUCUUUGUGGCUGGUUCGAAAGACGAAGGAAAAGCUGUCAUUAUAAUAGCUUCGCCAGCCUCUAUCACUUCACAUGGCAUGCGAGAGUUUCUUCAGCUCUCAAUUCCAAUUAUUUAUUGCAAAAUCGACUACACAGUCCCCCUCUACAACUUCGAGACAUCUGACUAUGAUUUAGGGAGUUUAGCUGACGGCUCGGCUCUUCAAAGCAUUCUGUACAAUGACGAGGCAGCAAAGCUCUUGGCAAAACACGGUCUCAAGAUCAGCCAGCAGUAUACGCUUGACUCUAGUCCCCCAGUAGUUCCCUCAUCGGUGUCCUCUGCCUCAGUUAAAACUUCCAUCAAGGCUUCAGUAUCUUCAGCAUAG